AUGUGCAGUCUCGAGAAGCGUGACAAUCUAUGGAUCCUGACAAUCACCGGCGAUGAUCAAAACCGCCUCAAUCCAACCCUAAUCGAAUCCCUUCUCUCAACCCUAACAAAUCUCGCUUCUCAAUCCACUCCCGGCUCCGUCCUCAUCACCACCGCUAAAGGCAAAUUCUUCUCCAACGGCUUCGACUUGCCAUGGGCUCGCGCUGCCAGCUCCAAAUCCGCCGCAGUGGUUCGCCUUCAAUCAAUGGUUGAUUCGCUUAAGCCCGUCGCUGCAGCGCUGAUAUCGCUUCCUAUGCCGACGAUCGCCGCCAUCAACGGCCACGCCUCUGCCGCCGGGCUCUUGCUCGCGAUGUGCCAUGACUAUGUUUUCAUGAGGAGUGAUCGAGGUGUGUUGUACAUGCCGGAGGUGGAUCUUGGACUUCCGCUGCCGGAUUACUUCACUGCCGUGUUGAAAGAGAAGAUCAAAUCGCCGGCGGUGCUGCGUGACGUGUUAUUGGCCGGCGUGAAGAUCAAGGGGAAAGAAGCUGUUGAGAUGGGGGUAGUUGAUUCGGCGCAUGAUAGCGGGGAGAGUGUGAUAGAGGCUGCGGUGCGCUUGCGAGAAGAAUUGGCACAAAAGAAAUGGGUUGGGAAAGUGUAUGCAGAGAUUAGGAAGAGUUUGUAUCCUGAUGCAUGUAAGGUUUUGGGAUUGACUCCAAUUUCACUCAUACCUAAGAUGUGA